AUGCAAUUUCUCUUCCAACUACCAGUUCAGGUUCCGGUUCAGAAUUUCCUGCCCCUCCAGGCAACACGCCACACACGGCGAGUGUACAUCGGCGGGCUCCCAGCAUCGGCAACCGAUGCUUCCGUGGCGGCGUUCUGCAGCCACGUGAUGAGUGCCGUCGGUAGGAACAACACCGGAACCGGAGAGGCGGUGGUGAAUGUUUAUAUAAACAACGAGAAGAAAUUCGCCUUUGUGGAGAUGCGUUCUGUUGAAAAAGCCAGCAAUGCUAUGGCUUUAGAUGGGAUUAUUUUUGAAGGAGGACCCGUUAAGGUACAAAGACCCACAGAUUACAACCCGAUUAAAUCCACCUCAAUCGGCCCCACCCAGCCAAAUCCCAACUUGAAUCUAGUUGUUGUUGGUCUGAAUCUGGGUUCCGCCGCGGGGCUUGAAGGCCCAGACCGCCUGUUUCUGGGCGGGCUUCCAUAUAACGUCUCGGAAGCCCAAAUCAUAGAGCUGCUGGAGUCGUUGGGUACCCUCAGGGGUUUUGGCCUGGUCAGAGAUGGAGAAACUUGGUACUCAAAAGGGUAUGCCUUUUGUGUCUACAAGGAUUCAUCGGAUGCCGAUAUGGCCUGUGCUGUUCUUAACAGAACUCAGGUAGGUGGCGGGAAGAUUCUUACCGUCAGGCGUGCAAAUCAGGGUUGGAAUCAGCAGCUUGGGCCGAAGAAAGAAUGGGCAUUAUUGCUCAACAACAGGUUGCUCUCAAAAUGUCCAUAUUUCAAGCUCUUGCCACCCCUUCUAAGGUUGUUUGCCUCAAAGAUGUUGUUAGUGUUGAUGAACUCAUUAAUGAUGUUGAUUAUGAGGAGAUAG